CAAACAACUCAGCGGAAAUCAGCAAUCUUCCAAACAAGAACAGCUUUGAAGGAGAAACAAAAAAACAAAGGGCAUCAUCAGUGGUUAACAAUAAUCCUCAGGAGAAGUCGUUUUGCAAUCCUGAGGAAAACAGAAUGAAACGUCAAAAAGAAACUGAGAAACUUCUCAGAAGACUUCAGCUCCAGGACCCACAUCAAAAGAUGCUGUCAUCAGAGAACUUUGUUAAAAUAAGUCCCCCUAUGAAACAGACAAAUGAGAUAUCUGAGGAAGAUCUAGCAUGUGCUUUUGUUCAGAGGUUAAUGAUGUUAGAUUACAGAGCAAGAUACAUCCCUGUACAGCGAGAAAACUCUGAUGUGAAUAAUUCACAGGCUUUUCCAGUAUCUGAAAGUGCUGAUACAGAUGACGAUGACUUAGACGCUCUUUUUAGUACUUCAACCGAUUUAGAUCAGUCAAAAGAGAAUCAUGUACACCCAAUGGAUGUUCAAAUGGCAGUACUCCACUGCUCGGACAGCUUACUUAAACAGAAAAUUAUCACAAAGCUGUCACAGUGCCAGUAUGCCUUACCUCUGCUUGUUCCUGAUCCUGCCUCAACAAAUAUUUUGUGUCCUUUGUGGACAUUCAGACAAAUAACAAAAACAUGGAAAAUAAGCAAAAUUAAUGCAAAUUCAACCACUGUCACAAUGAAGAGCAUGCCAAUCUGCGAAGCCAAGACUCCAAUGGUUUCAUUUUUCCGUCUGGGCUCCAUGCCUUUGUCCAAAUCUCAGCUGAUGAAUGCUAUGAUCAAUGACCGCCACCACACAUUCUUCCACAGAAACUGUCCAGGCAGCACCAAAUCUCGUCAUCUGAUGGAUGGUGUGGCAGAGAUUGCAUGGUACUGCCCUGCUGGAAAACCCAAUGAUUUAUUUAAUGACUGCAUUGCCUUCUGUAAUCUUCAUGGCGAUUCUCUAGCAAUCGUAAAGCAGUGUGAAAUACUGACUGAAAUGUCUUCAGUCAUUGUUGUUCUUGUACCAACUUUGGAAAAAGGCCACGAAAGCAGUGCAGUCAUUUUAAUGCUUUACAAAUCUUCAAAGCCUCUGAUUAUUCUCUGUGCUGACAGUGAGUGUGCUGCAGUUCAAAUGAAACCACAAAAAUACAAACUGGGCCUGAAGGAAAGAAGCCAGUCAGAUGUUUCUGAAGAACUGAAAACGAUUAUAAGAAGCAUUAUUUCUGGACCCCACACUUCUUUCCAGCUAGAAACUAUGGCCAAAGUCUCUGGAGUCAAAGUGGAUGAAGAUGCAGAGGUCUGCCUGAAAGGCAGAUCGUUAGCUGUGGAACUAGUCAAAAUGAUUCAAAGGAUGGAUAUUACCAAAAUAAAAGAAAAAUUCCUUCCCUGCCAAGGUCAACUUUGGUAUGAAUGGUGCAAAAUAAACAAAGAAUUACAUCAUCUAAAGGGACACAUUGAAAAAGAAAAGUGUCAGAAGAGUAAACAGCUGAUGGAACUAAGACAGAAGCAGUGUGACGUGUCCAAUAGUCAACUGAUGACGUUGUUCAUUAGGAACCUCAAGGAUUUGCAACCAAAUGACAGAGAAUACUUCUUGAAAUGGACUCAGAUCCUGAUUGAUGCCCUCUCAAAGGAUGAUCUUUCCUCAAUUCUCCAAAGCUAUGAUAAAACAUGGUCAGAGGUCUUGGAGCUAAAGAAGAAACAUGACAAAUCUGUUCAGUUAAAAGAAAAGCAAACAGAACUUGAACAGUUAUCAAAAAAGCUUCAAUCAGCAACCUUUGGUCUGGAGCACAUGUUCAGAGAAAUGGGACAGAUCUACGAAGCCCAUAAAUCUCUCAAGAAGCAAUCACUGGACCAUCAGAGUGAAUGGUCUAAAUACCCUGAGCUAGCUGCAGACCUGAUGAUAAAGGGACACCCAAUGGAGUUGAUGGAUGGUGAUGCAGGUCACGUACCUUUAAUAUGGAUCUCUAGUCUUUUACAGGAAGUCAUCAAGAAACUGGGUGACCAGAGAGUCUUUGUGCUUUCAGUUUUGGGCGUCCAAAGCAGCGGAAAGUCAACAAUGCUGAAUGCCAUGUUUGGAUUGCAGUUUGCUGUAAGUGCUGGGAGGUGCACCAAGGGGGCCUAUAUGCAACUGGUUGAGCUGUCAGAGGAAAUCAAAAAAGACUACAACUUUGACUAUAUUCUAGUUGUGGACACUGAAGGGAUACGGGCUCUUGAGUUAGCAGGUAAUGCUAGCCUCCAUCGUGACAAUGAACUUGCAACAUUUGUUGUUGGAUUGGGAAACAUGACAUUGAUCAACAUCUUUGGUGAGAAUCCAGCAGAUAUGCAGGAUGUACUGCAGAUUGUUGUGCAGGCUUUUAUGAGAAUGAAGAAAGUCGAACUUUCUCCAAGCUGUGUGUUUGUUCAUCAGAACGUCACAGAUAUCGCAGCAGCAGAGAAAAACAUGGAUGGAAAAAGACGCCUGCAGGAAAAACUGGACAAGAUGGCUCAACUUGCUGCCAAAGAGGAAGUGUGUGAAUGUGAGUGCUUCAGUGAUGUCAUUGCAUUUGAUGUGCAAAAAGACGUGAAGUACUUUGCUCAGCUAUGGGAGGGAAGUCCGCCAAUGGCUCCACCAAAUCCAGGGUAUAGUGAGAGUGUCCAAGAACUGAAGACCAUCAUCCUCUCUAGAGCGUCAGAGUCUAAAGGAAUCACUUUGUCACAUUUCAGUACCAAAGUUCAGGACCUGUGGAAUGCCUUGAUGAAUGAAAACUUUGUUUUUAGCUUCAAAAAUACCCAAGAAAUUGCAGUUUACAGAAAACUGGAGGUCCAAUAUGGAGAUUGGACUUGGGCCCUGAGGAGUGAAAUGCUGAAAAUUGAAAACCAACUUUAUCCCAAAAUUAAAAAUGGCCAAUUGGACAAAGUUGAGCUCAGUGACCUUUGCAAAGAAAUGAGCAAAAGGUACAAAGACAUAACAAAAGAUAUUGCAGCCUACUUUGAAAAAGAUAAAGACAAAGAAAUGUUGGUUCAGUGGCGACACAGAUUUGAAAAUAAAAUUAAAGAGCUUCAUGAUGAACUCAUUAGAGGUGUGAAGAGAAAACUGGAUGAAGUUAUCCAUCAAAAUAAUGCUCGGAGAGAGCUUGACAACAAGAAGACAGAGUUUGAAAACAAGCUGUUCCAGAAAAGCAAAGAGCUUGCCCACGUAUUAAAAUGCAUCACGAAAGAAGAGGAACUAGAAGUCCAGUUCAGGACUGUGUGGGAGCACCGGGUUAAGGAAUUAACUUCAGAUAUUAAACCCAUUGAAGACAUAAACUUGCAGGAAGAUCAGUUUCUUGUUCUUCGAGAUCUUGGUGUUGAAGAUGGACUUAUUGACGAGUCAAGAAAGAACAUGAAAUAUAAAUCCCUGUCAGUAACUGGGAAUUACUCUUAUUAUAUAACUUAUAAAAAUAAGUUAAAAUUUUUUGGAAGGACUCUUGGGUACGAAGAACAGGAAAGCAUCAGAUCAUUUACCAAAAAUGUUGAAACAGAAUGUCUGGCGACCUUGAAGAGGAAACCUAUUGCAACCACAGGUUACAGAUCAACCUACUUACAGGAACUUGCAAAAACUAUAAAACAAAAAGUGAGUGAGUUUGAAUCAGGGAGAAACUUUACAUUCAAGAAGGAGUUUACAGUUGAUCUUUCACUCUAUGUGUUUGACAGUGCAGAAAGCUGGCUCUUACAAUCCCAUGAGCAAUACAAAGACAACAAUGAUGUGCACACUUAUCUGGACAGCAAGAAAAGUGAAUAUUACAACAUUUUCAGAAGCUUUUGCAAAGGAAGCUCCUCUGCUGUCGUGUUUGGAGAAAUUAUUUGUAAAAACCUCAAAGCCUCUGCUGUUGAGGCUGUCAGUAACAAGACAGCUGUGGAUAUUGCUGGAGAGAUGAUGUGCAGUUUUCCAGCUUUCAGUGAGAACAGAUUGAACUUAGAGAAACAUGUGUUAACAUCUCUGGCAGAGAAAGAAGACUUUACCAGUUUAAUCACCUACAUCCGAGAUCCAAGAAGGCAAGUAGAGGCUUUUAUAAAAGAAGAAGUGAAGAAAUACUUGUCUACUGCACAAAAUGAUAAGGCCCGGACAAUUCUGAAGAAAAAUACAGAAGACAUCAACAGGCUCAUCAACCAGGCUUUGUUUGAUGCAACAGAGCAACUUAAAAAGGAGGGAGGGGACAUAGAGACGUGGGUGGAGGAAUUUUCUAGCAAAUUAGAACCAAAUUUGACACUAAAUACCAUUGGUUGUCAAAACUUCACUGACAUAAACAAUUUUGACUUUCUUAAAGAAGAGAUAGAGAAAGGCCUCAAACUCAUUAUGAAGGAGAUGAGCUGUCUCUCACUGAAGACAGUGAAUGAUUCCAGACAGAAACCUGAACAAAUCCUCAUUGAUCAGUUGUGCAACUGCUGCUGGGAAAGAUGUCCGUUCUGCUUUGCUGUUUGCACCAACACUAUGAAGGACCACAGUCCUGGGAAGCACAGUGUUCCUUUUCAUCGACCCUGUGCAGUUAACGGGGUCCAUCACAGAGACACAGAUAUAUUUAGUAUUAAUUUCUGCACCACCUUAGUUGCAAGUGACAAAGAAUUUUACCCGGAUGGUGUGUCACAGGAGUUAUUUCCUUAUAAACAGUAUCACCGUGCUGGAGAAAGAUUUGCUUCAUGGAGCAUUACACCUGAUGCAUCAAUGCUGGCCUACUGGAAAUGGUUCGUCUGCCGCUUUCAAAAAGAUCUGGAAAAACACUAUGAGUUGAAAUUCCAAGGUAAGGGAGAAAUUCCUGACGACUGGAAAAAAAACAGCAAAAAAGACGCCAUAGAAAGUUUAAAUGAAAUGUAGAGUUUGUGAGAAAUCUGCAGCUACUCUUCAGUCAGAGAUAACUAGGGUUACACACCCUCUAAAAUGAAAGGAUUUAAUAUAACUAUGUUAGGCUUAUAUUUGUCUCAGUUGAUUUAAUAGUAAGGAUCAUUUAGAUAUAUUUCAACAAACUUCAGUUUGGUCUACUUGUGUGGAAGUAUUUGUUAAUCAAUGGUGUUCAAUUAAUAAAUGUGUUCAAUAGUAUGCAAAUAGAAUGCAAAAUUAAUAUGUUUUCUUCUCGUAAUAAUCAUGACCCUAAUAAUUGUUAAAUAAAAUAUAAUAAAAAUGAGUUUAUGCAAGGAAUUUCUACAUCUAUCGUAAUAAGUUGUAACAAUGAUAUUGGUCUGAUGAAAACCUUUCUAAAAAAGAGCUCCUGCAUGUGAAUUGUUGCUCUUUGUGGGGCUUUGGGAAAUAAACUAUUCAUUAAUCAGCAAGGAAAA